AUGACUGAAUUUAAAAUGACUGAUAAUUCAAAUGAGUGGAUUAAUUGGAUUGAAGAAUCUGUUGCGAAAAAACAAAUUAAAUAUUAUGACUAUAAUCAUUUUAAUGAUAUACAAGAAAUUGGUUUUGGAAGUUUUGGAAAAGUCUAUCGUGCGAAUUGGAAAAGUUCUCAUAGUUAUUUAGCAUUGAAAUCUUUUUUUAAUUUCAAUGUCACGGCUAAAGAAGUUGUUAAUGAACUUAAACUUCAGCAUGAAAUUGAUUUUCAUGAAAAUAUAAUUCGCUUUUAUGGAAUUACAACGGAAAAUCAAAGCAACAUAGAAAAAAAAUAUUUUUUAGUGAUGGAAUAUGCCAAUAAUGGUACCCUUCGAAACUAUUUAAAUAGAUAUUUUAAAAAUCUUACUUGGAAUGACAAAUUAAAUCUAGCAUUUCAGUUAGCUAAUGCUAUAUCAUUCUUGCAUGAUGAAGGGAUUAUACAUCGUGAUUUGCACUCCAAUAACGUAUUAGUUCAUAAGGAUACCAUUAAAUUAGCUGAUUUUGGAUUAUCAAAAAGGAUUGAUGAAUCAUCCAAUAUUCAACCAAAAUUAUUUGGAAUGAUUACUUACAUUGAUCCACAAGUAUUUAAUAGAAAAAGAGAUAGCAAUAACCAAAUACAAUUAUAUUCGUUAAAUAAAAAGAGCGAUGUUUACAGUAUUGGCAUACUCUUAUGGGAAAUAUCUAGUGGUCGGCCACCUUUUUGCAAUGAACCAUGUGAUGUUGGUUUGGCUAUGGAAAUAUUACAUGGUCUUAGAGAGAAACCCAUUCCCAAUACACCCGAAGAUUAUAUAAAGAUAUAUACUGAUUGCUGGAAUAAUGAACCAGAUAAUCGUCCAAAUAUCAACCAAGUUGUUGCAAAAUUAGAUGCAAUUAUUUUAAAAGGAGACAUCGAAUUAUUAUCAAAUGAACAGCAGAAUAUUGUUGAAACUCCUAUAAAUAUUAAUAAUAAUUCAUUACAUGGAGAAAUGUCUCAACUUAUUCAAAAUUUUAAUAAUAUGAAUACAGAAGAAAUGGAUACUUCAAUAUCAUCAGAGAAUAAUUUUGAUAUUAUGAUUAAUGAAAUAAUUCUUCUUCUUGGAAAUACAGAAAUGGAAAGGAAAAAACAUGAAAUUGUUAAUUAUCUCAAUAAUCAUAAUAUAACUUCACAAAAAAUUUAUAAUUGGUUAUUGAAUAAUCAGAAUAACUCAAAUUCUGUUUUUUUACUUGGAAUAUUUAAUCAUUUUGGAAUUGAAAUUAAUGUUGAUGAACAAAAAGCAUUUGAAUUAUAUCAAAAUGCAGCAAAUUCAGAAAAUACAUCUGGAAUAAUUAGUUUAGGAUACUGUUAUAGCCAGGGAGUUGGAACCAAUGUUGAUAAACAAAAAGCAUUUGAAUUAUUUCAAAAGGCUGCAAAUUUAGGAAAUGCAUGUGGAGUACAUAAUUUAGGAUAUUGUUAUGAAAAUGGAGUUGGAACCAGUAUUGAUAAACAAAAAGCAUUUGAAUUAUAUCAAAAGGUAGCAAAUUCAGAAAAUACACCUGGAAUAGUUAGUUUAGGACACUGUUAUAAAAAGGGAAUUGGAACCAAUGUUGAUGAACAAAAGGCAUUUGAAUUAUAUCAAAAGGCAGCAAAUUUAGGAAAUGCACGUGGAAUGAAUAAUUUGGGAACUUGUUAUUAUCUUGGAACUGGAACUAGUAUUGACUAUCAAAAGGCAUUUGAAUUAUAUCAAAAGGCUGCAAAUUUAGGAAAUGCACAUGGAGUAUGUAAUCUAGGAUAUUCUUAUGAAAAAGGAAUUGGAACUAGUAUUAACAAUCAAAAGGCAUUUGAACUAUAUCAAAAGGCUGCAAAUUUAGGAAAUGCACGUGGAGUAUGUAAUCUAGGAUAUUUUUAUGAAAAAGGAAUUGGAACUAGUAUUGACAAUCAAAAAGCAUUUGAACUAUAUCAAAAAUCUGCAAAUUUAGGAAAUUCUGAUGCUCAAUAUAAUCUUGCUAUUAUGUAUGAAAAUGGAAAUGGAGUUAAUGGAGUUGAACAGAACAUAAAUCAAGCAAUUUAUUGGUAUACAAAGUCUGCUGAACAAGGAUGUCAAGAAGCUCAAAAUCAAUUAAAUAAAUUAAUCAAUUAA